AUGUCCGAAUUCAUCCUUGACAUCAAUAACUUCUUUCGUCUCGAUGGGAAGGUCGCCUUGGUGACAGGAGGAUCGCGAGGGCUCGGCCUCCAUGCUGCUACAGCAUUUCUGCUUGCUGGCGCGAGGAAAGUCAUCAUAACCGCUCGGAAAGCGGCUGGCCCUGAAGGCAUCGAUCAAGCAGUCGAGAAGCUGAACAAGCUCCCCGGUAUCAAGGGUCAAGCUAUUGGCAUACCAGCAAACGUUGCAAAGGUCGAAGAUAUCGAGAGCCUGGUGAAGGAAGUCCAGAAGACAGAAGAUAAACUGGAUAUACUCAUCGCCAACGCCGGAGCAACAUGGGGAGGCCCAUUCGAACCUACACCAGACUGGUCGUCCCAGAAAGUCCUUGAUUUGAACGUACGAGGGGUAUUCAAUUGCAUACGGCUCUUCACGCCCAUGCUCGCGAAAUCCGGGAAGCCUCAGGAUCCCUCCAGAGUAGUCAUCGUUAGCUCCGUUGCAGGCUCGAUCGUGCCACAUGUAGGAGAUCAUGGUACAAUCAUGUAUUCUGCCUCAAAGGCCGCUGCGCACCACCUGGCGAGAAAUCUCGCCGUUGAGCUGGGCCCACGGAAUAUCACCACCAACACGGUUGCACCAGGAUUCUUCCCGUCAAAGCUCGCGAACGGACUCAUAGACAUCUUGGGCGGUGAUAAGGAGUUAAACGAAGCAAACCCGCGAAAGCGGCUAGGAAAGCCUGAGGACAUCGCUGGGGUUAUGCUCUUCCUGUGUUCACCCGCAGGCAACUAUAUAAACGGAGAGGAUAUUGCGGUUGACGGUGGUGCUCGAUUGGCGCAUGGACGCUUGACGAAGCUAUGA